GCAACCGGUCGCCAUAUUGAAUUCGUUGAAAACAAACCAGCUCACAGCGAACACAGCAUUGACAGAAAAGGAAUUUAACGAGGUUUCACGGCAUUUUAAACUGUUCUAAAUGGCGUAUGAUUAUGUAAAUAGUCUUUCCAGUGAGGCUAGGUUAAGAUACGAGUUAAAAUGUUCUGUAGUUGGAUUAAACGACUGCCCUUACCGCCUUCCAGCAGAUGCGUGGACUGAUAAUCCUACACAAUGGCCGGACAUGGAAUUUGGAAAUCUUUAUGUCUACCUCACAAGCGCACCAGAAAAGUGACGGAGUUCUUCCUGUGGACUUCCGCUCCUUCGCCGUGGACCCUCAGAUCACGUCGCUGGAGGUGUUGCAGCAUAUUCUCAUCAAGGCCUUUGACUUGAACGGGAAGCGGAAUUUUGAGAUCAGUUACAUGUCCCGAAGCGGAGGCGCCACGGAAAUGUUCCUGACGUUGACGUCCGACGGGGAUUUGGAUGUUGCCUUCGCCAGCGCAGCCAAGCCGUAUCUGCAACUCAAGAUGGACGUGAAACCUUCAGAGGACAGUCCCGUUAUGGAGGACUGGGACAUCAUCAGUCCUAAGGAUGUGAUUGGUUCGGAGCAGCUUCUCGCAGACAGGACGAGGUCUUUGGCAUCUGCAGCACUUCCUUUCACCCAGUCUUUAAUCUCCCAGGUUGGUCGGACCUUCUCUCGAGUCCAGCAAGCUUUCAGCUGGUCCUACGGCGAGGAGAUCAAGCCUUUCAAGCCACCUCUGAGUGACACUGAGUUUCAUAGUUACCUCAAUGGACAAGGACAGUUGACACGGCCCGAGGAGCUAAGACUGCGCAUCUACCACGGCGGUGUGGAUCCUUCUCUACGAAAGGUUGUUUGGCGCUACCUCCUUAAUGUCUACCCAGACGGACUGAGUGGGCAGGAAAGAAUGGACUACAUGAAGCGGAAGACAAGGGAGUAUGACCAGCUGAAGAACGCAUGGACAUCUCACGUCAGUCACGAGGAUCUUGAAUUUAUCCGAGGGAACGUACUGAAAGAUGUCUUGAGGACAGACCGAGCCCAUCCCUACUAUGCCGGCUCCGAGGACAGUCCACAUUUGACUGCCCUCACAGACCUGCUUACUACCUUCGCCAUCACGCAUCCACAGAUCUCGUACUGUCAAGGCAUGAGUGACAUCGCCUCCCCUAUACUUGCCGUUAUGGAUAAUGAGGCACAUGCCUUCAUUUGCUUUUGUGGCAUUAUGAAACGCCUGGAGGGGAACUUCCGACCCGACGGACAGCUGAUGUCUAUUAAGUUCCAGCAUCUCAAAUUACUCUUGCAGUACUCGGAUUAUGAAUUCUACUCUUACCUGGUUUCCCGUGGAGCUGAUGACCUGUUCUUCUGUUACCGCUGGUUGCUCCUGGAGCUCAAGCGAGAGUUUGCUUUUGAUGACGCUCUAAGGAUGCUUGAGGUUACUUGGAGCUCCUUGCCUCCUGAUCCUCCUGAAACUGAAGUGGAGCUGCGGGGACCGCCGUUGCCGUCGGACAAAACGACGCGUUUCACAAGCAAGAAAAAGCCCGCUGACAAUCGACUUGAGCAAGACUGGGAAAUAAAAGAGAAGCAGCGUAGGCAACAUAUGCUUCGGCCCUCGAGAGAAGAUCCUGAUGUCUUCACAGCAGCGGCAGGACCUGGAAGUAGCGGUGGUCUUUCUAAAGUCACCCCCGGCAAGGCUGCUUCUUCUAUUGAGGAGAGCUUUGGAGAGUUUAAAUACUACACUGCCCAAAGUGAGGAUUGCUUUGAUGGGAAGGAUGCCAAGCAGCAACAGGGUUUGAUCGAUUCACGGUCGUCACCGCGCAUUCCAACCCGUCAGUCCACCACUGACAGUGAGGAGGAUCCUGGAGAAAGAACCCCUUUGAUCAAAUACUGUAACAAUGGCUUCCCUCCAGAGUCAUCACAUCCCAUGUCCUUCAGUGGUCCACCAGUCUUGAAGGCUGGCCCUGCAUCUCAUUCCUCUUCAGGCUUACCUUCCAGUUGGUCAGGUGCUACACCGGAAUCUCCUCCGCAGACCACCUUUGGAUUCGUAACCAAUGGAAGAGAGGCCCUAUCAAGAACUGUCCCAAAAGUAAUCACGUCUCCUGCACAGUUGCUCAGGAGUACGGGUUUGAACUUGACCGCCAAUCCUUCUGUAAAAACAACAUCUCACUCCCAUGCUCAAAAUCGAUCUUUCCUCUCCUCACCAAUCUUGCCUUUCGGGAGGGGUUCGUCACAGGCUGGCUCCAGGCCCUCUUCCAACAUCCUGCAUUCUCCCAGCAACAAACCCUCGAGCGCUGCGGUUCACAUGGACACCUCGCCAAAACUGGAGGCCAGCAUCAAACCGUGUUCGCUUCCACCUCCCCAAGAGUUCGGGAAAGGCAAUCCUUUCAUGCUUUUUUUGUGCUUGUCCAUUCUGCUGGAACACCGAGACCACAUCAUCAAGAACAGCCUGGAUUACAACGAGCUCGCCAUGCACUUUGAUCGGCUGGUGCGGCGCCACAAUCUCAGCCGGAUCCUGCAACGCGCCAAGGCCUUGUUUGCGGACUACUUGCAAAGUGAAGUGUGGGACUCGGAGGAGGGCGAUGAGGUGAGCUCGGACUCGCCAACAUCUGCCACCGCUGCUCAAUACUCCCCGCCUUUACCCAUCUCCGCUCGGCCCAUUUAUAGUCCGCUAGCGUCCCCUCGGUCUUCAUCUCAAAACUCCACCUACAACCUGGCAACAACUAUUCCUUCACCGACACUUUCCCUUUCCUCCUGACUCGCACAAG